UGAGACCAGAGAGCGAGAGAGAGAAAGAGAAAGAGAGAGAGAGAGAGAGAGGCCAACUUGAGCUCCAGAGAUAGAAGAAGUAAAUGCAGCUGUAGAUGAGGUCUAAGAACUCAGAACCAGGACUGCAUCCAGGACCACAGACCAGGAGCAGCCAAGUUCACCAUGUCAGAGUCCAUCAAAAGAAGAAGCUCCAGCAGACAGCUUCUGCAGAACCUCAUCAGCUGUGGCUCAGAUGGUGGAGUGGAUCGUCCACCAGUCAGAAGGGUGACAGCGCAGCGGAGCCAGGAGGAUGCCGAGGAGAUUGAGCGGGAGCGAAGGAGGAGAGCCAGGGAAAAGCAGAGAGGGGAGGAGAGCCCCUCCUGGCUAGAGCCCACCCAACAGAACGACCUCACACAAAACACAGAGUGGGAUGAGGAGCUGAAGCUCAGCUGCUGCUUGGUUCUGGAUGAGGAUGAAGGUUUCAGCGACUGGAGCCACAGGCUGGAAAACCGUAAUGAGCAGGAAAUGCAGGAUGGCUGCAGAGCCAGAGAGCAGAGACCUUCAGCAUCACCACCAGACCCUCGUGGAGACAAACAUCAGGAUGAUGGAGAGGGGCAGGAGGAGGCAAGGGGACCAGAACCAAGCAGCAGGACCCAGGAUACCUCAACGGGAUCUCCAGUGAAGACAUCAAGUGACAAAAAGGAAGUAAGGACAUCUUACAGCUCAUCGGUCUUCCUGGCGCAGGACACGAGGCUGCAGCACGCCACGGGCCGACCAGUGGACAGGACAUCCUACUUGGCGGCAGGAACGAUGAAGCCACGGUGUGCUCCCUACUCUCUUGGAGAAGCCUGCAGGGUGGAGGGAGAGGUGCAGAAGGAAAAGGAGAAGGAGGAGGAGAAUAAUGACGAUGGCCAGGAGGAAGGAGAAGAGAUGCAGCCAACUUUGCAAAAGCAGUGGAGGUCAAGACAAACCAGACAGACUCCCAGAGAUGAAGAUCAGGAGGAAGAGGAGCUGAUCCUCGCACAUGAAGUGAAGGAAGAGCUCCACCUCAGGACGGAGCAGAGACACAUGGAUGAUGAUAAUAAGGAGGCAGAGGAGGAAAAUAAACAAAAAAACAGGAAAAUACAAAACAAGUGGUCAACAGAGAGCAGAGAAACGGGGAACGAGGAGGAAAACAGAAGGUCUGCCAUUUCUCUCUGCAGCAGCAGCAGUGAAGGCGAGGAGUCAUUAAACUGCUACGGUCCCAUGAGCCCAACAUUCAAGAAACUCCUCAUUCAGUUUUACCCAGAUGAAGUGAACAGCCGUGUCUCAGUGGAUGGUAAAUGCAAGAUAACAGAGCGAACUGAGUCUCUGAGGAAAAGCACCAGCAACAUAAAGAAGACACUGCCUCCUCUUCCUGUUUCCAAGAUUGACAAGAGGCUGGAGCAGUACACACAUGCCCUCGAGCUCUCAUCAAAGGAAAACAAAUCAGGCUGUCAGGCUCUGACUGACCUCACAGGUCCCACUGAACCAGUCGCAUCCAAGAAGAACCUGUUUGAGGCCGGAGACGCCUGGAACCAAAACCCCACUUCAAUCAUACCACCGAAGGAUGCAGAUGUUUUAAAGGUGGGUGUCGCUGAUCUCAUCAACCAGUGGGUGAAAGGGAGUGACGAUGGAAGCAGGUGCAGCUCACCCUCCAAACCAGCAGAAAUCAAACCCGGUGGUGUUUUAAACAAGAAAAAUUUGUGGGAGAGCCUUGGAGACACGUUAUCAUCUGGGAAAGAAGGAAAGGAGAGCUCCACUGGCAAAAGAUAUAAGUUUGUGGUGACAGGUCACGGCAAGUAUGAGAAGGUUUCUGCGGACAGCGACUGCAGUGAAGACGUAAACUGCCAGUCAGCUGAGCAAUUCUAUGAAGAUUUGUAAAACACAAGUUGGAUUAUGAUAGUACAAUGCCACUAUCACUUCACUAUUCUCUGUAUUUCAACCUUAAGGUUGGGAAAGUGCUUCAAUUUUUCUAAUUCCUGUGGUACUUUGUUGUAAUGUAAAAUGUAGUGAAGCAAAAAGUAGUUCUUAUCUCUGUUUAUACUAUAUUUUUUCUGUGAAUGAUAUCUGAUGGAAUACAUCUUUGA